UGUUUGAAGUUUGUAAAUAACCUGUUGGUCUUGAAUGAUGUCAUCGCGUGACCCAAACACAUCCCACGAUCACCCGUAUCAAGUACGGAAAGCUCCAGUCGCAAAAUCGAUACCUUCAAGUGGUUGAACACCACAGUUCUCCCGAAAACAAAAAUGCGCCAGCAGUACAAUGUCGGCGAAUAACUCCCAAGGCAUCUACACUCAACUGCCGCAGUCGUUGAGCGACUCUGAUUCCGAGCACGAAAUCAACGAUCUAAAAGAAGUCCAGCCGGGCCAAAGACUGCAUCGAACGCACACAAAUGGCCAACCCAAUCACCACCACCAUCUGCAGUUCAAUCUACCCCAACAUGUGGUCCAUCGCGUUGAUAAAAAGUGGCCAAAGGGCUUCCGGACGAUGUCGCCAGCCCGCCGCCUGGCAUUCAUCGCAUCCAUCUUGGUCUGCAUACUUGUGAUUGUAAUUUUUCUUUGGGUUUUACCAUGCUCAGCUCAUGGUACUUGCCCCACACGAAUUGGUUCCUGGAAGGUAGAACACGAAGGAAUUGAGUUACGUGGUCGUAUAAACGUAAUAAAUGGCAGGUAUAAAAAGAGUGUCAAUCUUGCAUUACUCGCAAAGAAAAGUCUCAACAGUAACUACGAUGGAAGCAGCACAAGUGGUGCAAUUGCUUUAAAAUCAGCCACAGGACAAAUCAGUUGGUUUCUGCCACAAGUACGAACACCAAGUGAAAUGGUAUGUGAUUUAAUUGAUGUCAACGAGGACAGUGUUGAUGAUUGUCUGCUUUUGAGUGAAAUGGGAUUGCAAGCACUUGAUGCACUCAGUGGCGUUGUCAUCUGGCAUGGCCACAACACAAAAAUGAUCAUUUCCAAUAUGGACUUUCCAAUUCUACUGCCUGAUUUGAAUAAAGACAAUCUCAAUGAGUUGUUAUCAGUCACAGACUCACACAAUGCGCAACACAACAAAUUAAUCAUCAUUUGUGGAAGAACUGGAAGUCUUUUAACUUCUUUUACACUGCAUAUGUGUGAUGAUAUCAAUGAUUACAAAUACGAUGACAAAUUGGUGUUGUUCAAUUGUUUUAAUGCGUCACACAAUAAUUAUUACAAGAUACACGUCGGGGAUUUGCAGAAGAAGAUUGUAAAUCAAACAUUUCCAGUACAAGCAACAAAGAUUCAGUAUGAACCACAGCAUGAGACCGAAUAUAUUCUUAGUGGGCACAAAUUGGAAGUGCAAAAUGUUGGAAAAUGCCCUGAUUGUCAUACAAAUAUUGGUUUGGUUCAUCUAGCGAAAGAUAAUAAACGUCUUUUGGGCUGGUCUAGACCUAGGGCUUAUGCAAUGCGCCCAAUUCCAUAUUCUUUCAAAAACACGCGUAAAAAUGCGAUGUACUUAAAAGGACAUCUAAAUGGGUUUGUAAUGAAGUUGUGGCAAUGGACAGAAGCACCUUCAGUUAGUCUAAAUGGUUCUACGAUUAAAAGAAAUGCUCUGCUUGAGAAAGUUCUGCUGAUUUCGUUCUCCGAUACAGAUUUUCAAGUGAUUAAUGUCAGUAUGGUUAGUAUUACACAGUUGUGUUUCCCGACUGGGCUGGAUUGUCAGCCGGCGCUGAUGCAGAGGAAUGAUUCUUUGCUUUUAACUGAUUUGGAUAUGGAUGGCGCGCAGGAAUUGAUCAACUAUAGUAGUAGUUAUAAGUGUGGUGAAGAGGAUGCAACAUGCCAUCUUGUUUCGCGCAUGGAAGUCGUCCAGCUUGAGACUGAGAUGGCGAAACUUUACGCGAAGUAAAUGCAUCUUUGACUUUGAAAUAUUUUUCACUUUUAGCCUCCAAGCUUAUAUACCAAAGAUUAUACUUAAGUAAAAAUUAAGAUUGACUAUUUAUAUUCUCUUAUAUUCGAUGUUUUUUGUGUAAGUGUUGAUUAAUAUUUAAUAAACUCUUAAAAUUUCA